AUGACUGGGUCACAAAUUAUGGUGAUACUUUUCCUCUGUGGAAGCGGAUUGGCUGAGGAGAAUGUUUUAAUGACUGCUGAGAGACUGGGAGGUAAAACUCUGGGAACGUUGGUAAAGGACGCGGAUUUGGUGGAAACACUUAGUGGGCAAGGACCAUUCACUCUUUUCGCCCCCGUUGACAAAGCCUUUAAAGCUCUUCCCCAGGAUGUACUUGACAAAUUGACCAGCGAUAAGGAGUUGCUAUCACAGGUUCUUACCUACCACGUGGUCAGCGGUAACGUCACAUCUAAUCAGCUAAAAAACGACAUGGUUGUCGAUACGGUUGAAGGCACGUCCAAACUAAGGGUCAACAUUUACGGUUCAAAGGUGACAGUCGACGGAGCGAAUGUGAUACUACCAGACCAGCUGGCUACAAAUGGGGUGGUACAUAUGGUAGAUAAAGUACUAUAUCCUCUCCCCACACAAAGCAUUCUGGAGUAUGCCGCUGCAACCCCUACUCUAUCCCAGCUCGUCUAUGCCGUAUCCAUGGGGGACCUUAUAGACUUCUUCAAAGGCGGGCCUUUCACCUUGUUUGCACCUUCGGAUGAGGCGUUUGAUAAACUACCAGCUGGUGUCCUUAGCGACCUCUUACAAAAUAAGACAGCACUUAACAAUGUGUUGGAGUACCAUGUCAUAUUAGGCACAGUAUAUAGUGCUGGACUCAGUGACAACCUGAGAGUGAAAGCUGCAAACAACCAGGACCUUACAGUAAAAAUCGAAGGGGAAAAUGUCAUAAUAAACGACGCCAAGGUAACCACUGCUGACGUCACAGUGAAAAAUGGCGUAAUCCACGUGAUUGAUACCGUACUUCUGCCACCAACCAGAAACACGAAACAUUCAAGCUGA